UCGCGAGCGAUCGGUUGUGGCUAUUCGUUUAUCCGGUUUUUCGAGUAAUCUCCAGUGUGGAACUGCGAUCAAGUCGCACGUCAUCGCCAGACGUGUUGUUCGAUUGAUUAUUGCAAAUAGUACGAGUACGGAUAAAAGUACGGGCACACAAGCCCCGUAUCUAUAACACUUACCCAACCAGAAGAGGCGAGGAAACAAGCGGGAAUGACGACGAACAUAACCAAGAGUCCGCGCCCGCUGAAAAUAACCGUCGUGGGCGAUGGCAUGGUGGGCAAAACCUGCAUGCUGAUAACCUACACACAGAACGAGUUCCCCGAGGAGUAUGUGCCCACAGUGUUCGACAACCACGCCUGCAACAUCGCCGUCGACGACCGGGACUACAAUCUGACCCUCUGGGAUACGGCCGGGCAGGAGGAUUACGAGAGGCUGCGUCCCCUCAGCUAUCCAAAUACAAACUGCUUCCUGUUGUGCUAUUCGAUCAGCAGUAGGACCUCAUUCGAAAACGUGAAGAGCAAGUGGUGGCCGGAGAUCCGUCACUUCUCCGCCCACGUUCCCGUGGUCCUGGUGGGCACCAAGCUGGACUUGCGCAUUCCCAACUCGGAGAAGUUCGUGACCACACAGGAGGGCAAGCGACUGCGCAAGGAGAUACACGCAUCCAAUCUGGUCGAGUGCUCCGCCAAGAAGAAGCAGAACCUGCUGCAGGUCUUCGAGGAGGCGGUUAGAGCCGUCGAGAGGAAACCAAAGACGUCGUCCAAGCAAUCGUGCAAAAUACUGUGAACUAAGUGUAUGCCUACUUUUAAAUAUUGUUAUUAUGCGUAAUGUAUUAUGUUACUAAUUUGCCUGACUAUUUGUGCUUUGUGUAGAAAAUUUAACGUUAAGUUUGUAUUUUUAAGUGCCACUUGUGUGUAAACCAUGUGUUUUGUUUGCAGCCAGGGCAUUAAUUGUAAAAAGAUAAAUAAAAACGGCACAAAAUGAAAAUUA